GAACACAAUGGAGAAGGCCAGCAGCAACAUGAAGCAAAUGCAUCAUUUCAAGUUCAAGGUUCCAUCCUUCGACUUGGUGGAAGGAGAUUUGGUGGCAUGGCCGCCGAGAAGCUAUGUCUGCACCUUCUGCAAGAGGGAAUUCCGAUGCGCUCAAGCCCUCGGCGGCCACAUGAAUGUUCACCGCAGAGACAGGGCGAGGCUGCGCCAGUCUCCGCCGAGAGACAGUGGAGGUAAUUACGCUCCCUUUAACCUAAAUCUUGAACCAAACCCUAGUUUUCACUCAAACCCUAGUUCUAGCCCAUCUUCUUCUCCGCCUGCGUCGAUGAAAUUUCCUCAUUUCACUCCCAAAUUGGCCACGCCUACACCCAUUACCACGGAUUUUAUGAAGGUGAGAGCGGCAAAAGGGCUUCUCGACUUGGAGAUUGGGUUGAUUAGUUCGUCUAAUGAGGAGGAACUUGAUUUGGAACUUCGUCUUGGAUAUACUUAG